UUCUCGAUUGAACCAUUGAGGAAGGAACACCAUGAAUGAACCGACGCCCUCCUCACGCUUUGAUCGGGCAUGCUUUUGUUGCUCACCUGGCCGUGAUGAAUUGGACUGCGGGUGUGGGGGAGGCAAAAAAGCCCUUUUGUAUACUUCCCAAAUGCAAGGUUCUCUCGUCGACAGUUGUGCAACGGGAGAUAAAACGAGCCGCACGUCAAAAUUACGAUAGAUCUGACAUAAUAUCUUUAAAAAGUACGUGAAACCAAACCAAACUCAGAUGGUUUUAUUCAUCCUAUAGACGUAUUAGUUAAACAAAAGUUUGAGAACGAAAGAUCUAAAUAUGGAUCUCCGGCGAUGGAAACUAUCUGCAGUAUGUCUCGUCCUUGUCUUGACUGUUACGAGAAUAUCGGCACAAACCGACUACGGUCAAACUACGCAGGCAACUGAAUUUGUACCGACAACUGCAGAUAGUUUUCGAACGGGAACCACUGAAAAAGUGGAAUUUGUAGCAACUACUGAGGAAGUUGAAUUUGUACAGACAACUGAGGAAAUUGAAUUUGUAGCAACUACUGCAGAUAGUUUUCCAACCGGAACUACUGAGAAAGUGGAAUUUGUACAGACAACUGAGGAAAUUGAAUUUGUACAAACUACUGCAGAUAUUUUUCCAACCGGAACUACUGAGGAAGUUGAAUUUGUACAGACAACUGAGGAAGUUGAGUUUGUAGCAACUACUGCAGAUAGUUUUCCAACCGGAACUACUGAGGAAGUUGAAUUUGUACAGACAACUGAGGAAGUUGAGCUUGUACAAACUACUGCAGAUAGUUUUCCAACCGGCACUACUGAGAAAGUGGAAUUUGUACAGACAACUGAGGAAAUUGAAUUUGUACAAACUACUGCAGAUAGCUUUCCAACCGGAACUACUGAGGAAGUUGAAUUUGUACAGACAACUGAGGAAGUUGAGUUUGUAGCAACUACUGCAGAUAGUUUUCCAACCGGAACUACUGAGGAAGUUGAAUUUGUACAGACAACUGAGGAACUAGUUGAGUUUGUUCAAACUACUGCAGAUAGUUUUCCAACCGGAACUACUGAGGAAGUUGAAUUUGUACAGACAACUGAGGAAGUUGAGUUUGUUCAAACUACUGCAGAUAGUUUUCCAACCGGAACUACUGAGGAAGUUGAAUUUGUACAGACAACUGAGGAAGUUGAGUUUGUACAAACUACUGCAGAUAUAUUUCCAACCGGAACUACUGAGAAAGUUAAACUUGUACAGACAACUGAGGAAAUUGAAUUUGUAGCAACUACUGCAGAUAGUUUUCCAACCGGAACUACUGAGGAAGUUGAGUUUGUACAAACUACUGCAGAUAGUUUUCCAACUGGAACUACUGAGGGACUUGAAUUUGUACAGACAACCGAGGCAAUUGAAUUUGUACAAACUACUGCAGAUAUUUUUCCAACCGGCACUACUGAGGAAGUUGAAUUUGUACAGACAACUGAGGAACUAGUUGAGUUUGUUCAAACUACUGCAGAUAGUUUUCCAACCGGAACUACUGAGGAAGUUGAAUUUGUACAGACAACUGAGGAAGUUGAGUUUGUAGCAACUACUGCAGAUAGUUUUCCAACCGGAACUACUGAGGAAGUUGAAUUUGUACAGACAACUGAGGAAAUUGAAUUUGUACAAACUACUGCAGAUAUUUUUCCAACCGGAACGACUGAGGAAGUUGAAUUUGUACAGACAACUGAGGAAGUUGGAUUUGUAGCAACUACUGCAGAUGUAUUUCCAACCGGAACUACUGAGGAAGUUGAAUUUGUACAGACAACUGAGGAAGUUGAAUUUGUAGCAACUACUGCAGAUAGUUUUCCAACCGGAACUACUGAGGAAGUUGAAUUUGUACAGACAACUGAGGAAGUUGAGUUUGUUCAAACUACUGCAGAUAGUUUUCCAACCGGAACUACUGAGGAAGUUGAAUUUGUACAGACAACUGAGGAAGUUGAGUUUGUACAAACUACUGCAGAUAUUUUUCCAACCGGAACUACUGAGAAAGUUGAACUUGUACAGACAACUGAGGAAAUUGAAUUUGUAGCAACUACUGCAGAUAGUUUUCCAACCGGAACUACUGAGGAAGUUGAGUUUGUACAAACUACUGCAGAUAGUUUUCCAACUGGAACUACUGAGGGACUUGAAUUUGUACAGACAACCGAGGCAAUUGAAUUUGUACAAACUACUGCAGAUAUUUUUCCAACCGGAACUACUGAGGAAGUUGAAUUUGUACAGACAACUGAGGAAGUUGAAUUUGUAGCAACUACUGCAGAUAGUUUUCCAACCGGAACAACCGAGGUUAUAAAAUUUCGUCCAACAACUGCAGGCAGCUUGCUUACAACUGAGGGCACUGAAUCAUGUAGCAGUUUUCAACUGCAAUGCUCUGAUGGAGAGUGCAAACCCCGAACGUUUUUUUGCGAUCGUAGCCCUGGUGACUGCGCUGAUGAUUACGAUGAAGAUGAGACCCUUUGUUGUGAUACGCUUGGAGUGGAAAGCCAUUGCUCUAAACCAGACCACUACCGUUGCUCUGAUGGCAAGUACAUCCCAAACAGCUAUCUUUGCGACGGAACUACUUACGACUGUUUGAACAACGAGGAUGAGAACGACGAACAUUGUGUGUUCUGUCCGAACCCUGGAGAGCCCACAAAUGGACAGAUCGUUCCCUGGUAUGCUGAGUACUUUGAGGGCGAGAGUGUGACGUAUUCCUGCCUGGAUGGCUACACCUUGAAGGGGAAUGCUUCAGCUGUUUGUGGAAACAUGACAUUUGAUAUGGAUGUUCCUUUGUGCUAUGAGAACUGCCCUACCCCCAGGACACCAGCCCAGGGUUCCUCCAACGCCUCCUCGCCCGUCGUGCAUGGGGACUUGAUUGGUUUCACCUGUGACCCAGGUUACACACCGAUUCCUGACGUUACCAUUGUCUGUAACAACGGCACCUUGGAGGGGAGAGUCCCAACCUGUCAAGAUAUAAACGAGUGUGCUACUGUUCCCUGUUUAAAUGGUGGUGGUUGUCUCAACCUGAUGAAUGCCUACCAGUGCAUGUGUACAUCAGCCUGGACUGGCGCCAAUUGUUCAAUGGAUGUGGAUGAGUGUUUGUUAUCUGCAGACAAUUGCCACCCCAAUGCUACUUGCACUAACGAAGUGGGAGGGUUCAAUUGCACUUGCAAUGAAGGUUUCAAAGGAGAUGGAGUCACCUGCAUAGAAGACUAUCUGUUCCCCCAUGGAGGUGAUAAAGGCGAUUCUCUUCUGAGUGGAAACUCUGCUCAAUCCACUGCCACGGAUAAAGUCUCAAACGUAUUUAAACCUGAAUAUGGCUUCCCACUAGGCUACAAGUAUUUCUUUUCGGGUCUCUACUUCACAGACAACGGGCAGAUUGUCUUCACAAACCAGAACAGUAUGCCACUGGCCUAUCCUCAUCCGUUCCCCGAUGGAUUUGGUAAAAAGGACGGCGUGGCUAUGGUUGCACCAUUUUGGAUCGAUGCCAAUCCGGACGCUCCCGAUGCUGAGGUUUUUUACCAGGUUUAUACCAACACAAGUGGGCCAGUGAUGCAGGACGCAUGCUCAAGAAUUAAGGAUGUGCAUUCAUCCUUUUCAAGCUUUGAACCGGAUUGGAUGCUGGUGGUCACAUGGUACCACAUGCCUUCAUUCAUAGAAACAACUAAUACCAACACAUUCCAAGUAGCCUUGGUCACAGACGGGGACUACGGUUUUGCAAUUGUGAACUACGAGCAAGAGGGCAUGCAGUGGAACUACAACGCCCUCUCCGACACCGACGUCAUCAUAGGCUACAGCAACGGCAGCGGCCUGUUUGUCAACUCCCAGAAAGAGAGCCCCUUCGCUUCGGUCGCCGACAAAUUCCGGCCCGACACGCUGGUCGGAAACACGGGCCUGACAGGCCGGUGGGUGUACCGAUUGGACUUGAACAGCGCGAGGGUCACCAACCCAAAACGAUAUUGCAGAUGGUGGUAUAACCGUCAAGUGGAUCCUAGUCGUUGGAAAGGAUACCUAGGAACAUGCCCUUGUGCCUUCUCCCAGGGGGACAGAGAUAGUACGUAUAAACGCCGAAGAAGGUCCAGCGGACGCAAUUCCGCAUCCAGUUCCCAAAUGCCGAUUACUGAUGACGUACAAAAUCAAAUUGAUCAGGAAGAAGGUGGAUUCUGUCUUCAGACUCAAUUUCCUCAAAGAAACUAUGCUGGGAUGAGAUGUUGCUACCGUGCGGAUCGCUCUCUGGUGACCGGCUACGAUGGAGUAUGGGAGCUUAGUGUCACAGAGAGGGUUCAGUUUAGUUUGGGUGGAAGGAUAAGUUGGUUUCGCUACUAUUAUUGGGUUUAUUUCGAUUAUGCCCCACGUUAUUACUGUUGUGAAAAAGCAAACGAUGAGGCUUUUUGUGACAUGUACUUUGAGAAGCGACCAAAGGGCCGGUGCAGUGGGUACCUACCCCCAAACACAGGUUGGAUGAUUGGCGAUCCUCACAUCACAACUUUGGAUGGAGUUGGUUAUACCUUCAACGGCCUCGGGGAGUACACCCAAUUCCUGCUGCCCGACAGCGAGGGCGAGACUUUGUUUGAGAUCCAGGGCAGGACGAUGCGCGCCCGGGAUGCCAAGACCGGCGAAUUUUCCCAGGCCACGCUGUUUGUAGGCUUCGUAGGCCAGGCCAAUGAUUCUGCCAAGGUGCAAAUGAGUGCUAAUGAGAAUUCCUCAGACGUUGACAUUUUCAUCAAUGAUGAACUCUUCAACAAGACCCUAAUUGAAGAAGAUGCGUAUCACAUUACCAACAUGUCCUGUUCCAUAUCCCAGAGACUGGACGCCAACAAUAACACGAGAUACUUGGCCACUUGGAUGAUCGGAACGUCCAUGGAAGUUGGCAUUAGUAUGGGGAUAAUGGAUAUCGUUGUCUCCGCUCCGAUCUCGUACAUGAACAGAUCUAGUCGCGGUUUGCUUGGCGUUUGGAAUGGAGACCCAACGGACGAUUUUAUGAAACGCAAUGAGACACUGCUGACUCCCUCCGGCAGUGAUGGUAACUACACUGAUGCCGACUACUUUGAAUUCGGAGAAACAUGGAGAACCACGCCCGAAACCUCCCUCUUCCUGUACCCGCCGGACACCGGCUGGGCGGACUACAACAACCUGACCUUCGUGCCGCUGUUUCUGGACGAACUGAUCGCGGAGGCGGAGCGAGACGAUCCGACAUUCCUGGCAGAGGUUCGGUCCACUUGCGGAGACAACAGCAUGUGCCUGUUUGAUUCUCUGGCCACCAAGGACACGGCCGUCGGAAUGGCCACAAUGGCCAUGGACGAAGCGAACGUGGCGAAUGCAAACGAAUUAGCCAACUUUCCUCCAACCAUUGACAAUGGAACCAAUGUGAUAAUUGCCCAUGUGGGAGAGCCGGUUCAAUUCCAAGUCAAUGCUAGUGAUCCGAACGGGGACGCUGUCAGCUUCUCUCUCUUGCAGGACGUUGAAGGUGCUUCUGUCAAUCAAGAUGGUCUCUUCGUCUGGAAUCCCACCAACACUAGCAAAGUCCGGAUCGCGAUUCAGGCCAGUGACGGAUCUGCCAACGCUGUGCUUGAGCCCACCGUGAAAGUCUGUAAUUGUCAGAAUAAUGGGACCUGCAUGUACGAUACGUACGUCCAGGACACAAAUAUCAUGAAGGACAAGUUUGCGGUCGUUGUGUGCAACUGCACCGCCGGCUGGACCGGUGACUUCUGUGAAGUUGACUUUAAUGCAUGCCAAGACAAUCCGUGCUUUGAAAACGUCACCUGCAUCGACUUGCCACCGCCGGAGGUGACGAACACAUGCGGACCGUGCCCCGACAACCUGCAAGGCAAUGGGUUUACGUGUUAUGAUCUGGAUGAGUGCAACCUCCCAGGGGGCUCCCCGUGCUCCCAGCUCUGCGCCAACUUCCUGGGCGGCUACAACUGCACCUGCAACAGUGGCUACGACCUGCAUCAAGACAUGCACAACUGCACCGAUGUUGACGAGUGCAUGCAGGCCAAUGUGACCGACUGUCACGCGGCUGCCCUCUGCAACAACACCGCGGGAUCCUAUGAGUGCUACUGUCCUGAAGGUUACAACGACGUGAAUGAUGAUGGAACCAUCUGUGAAGAUAUAAACGAGUGUCUGGCCAUGCCUCCCGUGUGCACAGCUGAGAUGGAAUGUCAGAACACCGUUGGCAGUUAUGUAUGUAACUGUGAACCUGGAUAUGAGGGCGUAAACGGCUCAUGCGUUGACGUUGACGAGUGCGCUAGGAACACGUCUGACUGCGGGCAGUAUGCCACGUGCAGAAAUGUCCCGGGCCAGUUUGUCUGCAGAUGCGACGCGGGUUUUCAAGGCGACGGCUACAACUGUACCAACAUGAACGAGUGCGAGGGCGGCAUGUCUCGCUGCUCCACCAGGGCUACGUGCCAGGACACGGUGGGCAGCUACCUGUGUCUGUGUGUUCCGGGAUAUGUGGGUGACGGAUCUACGUGUGAAGAUAUAAACGAAUGCAAUACUACCAUGAACAACUGUUCGGAGGUGGGUUCCAUGUGUAUGAAUUCUGCCGGGUCUUAUACCUGCCGCUGCAUCGCUGGAUAUAGAGGGGAUGGUUUCACGUGCACAGAAAUCCUUAUCACAACCACUGAGGCAACCCCUGUGGCAGAAACUGCUACUGAAGAGGUCGGGAUGGCCACUCAGGACACAGCUGAUGAAUCUGUUACCAUGGCAGCUGGCAUUACUCGCGCGGAUGAAACUGCUACUGAAGAGGUCGGGAUGGCCACUCAGGACACAGCAGAUGAGUCCGUUACCAUGGCAGCCGGAAUUACUCGCGCGGAUGAAACUGCUACUGAAGAGGUCGGGAUGGCCACUCAGGGCACAGCAGAUGAGUCUGUUACCAUGGCAGCUGGCAUUACUCGCGCGGAUGAAACUGCUACUGAAGAGGUCGGGAUGGCCACUCAGGACACAGCGGAUGAGUCCGUUACCAUGGCAGCUGGCAUUACUCGCGCGGAUGAAACUGCUACCGAAGAGGUCGGCAUGGCCACUCAGGACACAGCUGAUGAGUCCGUUACCAUGGCAGCUGGCAUUACUCGCGCGGAUGAAACUGCUACCGAAGAGGUCGGCAUGGCCACUCAGGACACAGCUGAGAUGACCACUGGAGAAGUAGAUAUGUGCUCAUUACACUGUGCUGGCAACAGCACGUGUGAGAACACCGCGGGUAGUGUUGUCUGCACAUGCAACGCUGGCUACCAAGGCGACGGCAUCACCAACUGUACCGAUAUAGACGAGUGCGCCCAAGACCCCAGCGUCUGCGAUCGGAACGCCGCCUGCACCAACCUGCCCGGGAACUUCACCUGCGAUUGCAAUGCGGGUUUCCAAGGCGACGGAAUCACGGGUUGCGCGGACGUCGACGAGUGUGCUCAAGAUCCUCCAGUGUGUCACACGAAUGCAACGUGCACCAAUACUUAUGGCAGCUUUGCGUGCGAGUGCAGUGAAGGCUUUUUCGGCAAUGGAAUAACUUGCUCAGAUGUGAAUGAGUGCUCUCUGACUACGCCUCCCUGCGCUGCCAACAGCGAUUGCGAGAACAUCGUCGGCAGUUUCUCUUGCUCUUGCAGCCUCGGUUACCAAGGCGACGGUCACACCAGCUGCACGGACGUGGACGAGUGUUCCCUCGAUCUGAGCAACUGUCAUCAGAAUGCGACGUGCAUCAAUACGGAUGGCAGCUUUGACUGCCUGUGCAGUGAAGGCUUUUCAGGGGACGGCUUAAUGUGCGCAGAUAUUGACGAAUGCGUGAAUGACCCCAACAUCUGCACCGGCUAUGGUGAGACAUGCUUCAACGUUCACGGCAGCUACUCCUGUGUCUGCGAUGCCUUGGAAGGAUUUUUUGAAGUCAAUGGGACAUGUCAGUUGUUCACCAGUUUCCAAGGGAGCUUUGUAAUCAAUGCCAUCAAUGGGAAUGCAACCGCAGCUCGCUAUGUGCCGGCCCUGGCUGAUCCAAACUCACCCGAGUUCAUCGCUCUGGCAAAACUCGUUUGUGAUAUUGUCAGCGCUUCCUCCGAGUCCAACAGCGCCCUCAGUGACAACUACGAGACCUGCCAAGUGGUGGCGUUCACCGAGAGCGACCAGACGCGACGCAAGAGAGCCGUGUCUGGGUUUGUGCUGGCGCUGUUCGCAGCUAUGUUUCAACUUAACUCGCCGGUCGACGGCAGUGCAUUCCAGGCUGCGAUGAGAGAUACAAUGCGCAGAAAUACCAGUAGCCUGUCUGCGGAUGUCUCAUCGUUGGACUUGCAAGCAACCACUAUGAUGUGUGUUGACGGUCAUUGUCUGAACGGCGCGACGUGCUCUGUGGGUAUCACCAACCAAAUUGAGUGCAUGUGUGCGGAUGGCUUCAUUGGCUCCCGAUGUGAAGCUAUGGGAACAGUUGAAGUGACGGAUGCAACUACACCAGUUGAUGGUUUGGUGGUGACAUCCAUAGUUGCAGACGACGCAACCGACCGUCCGCCAGAUUCGGAUGUGAUGGGCCUCCUCGUCAUCAUCAUUGUGCUUGCUGGUUUGGCUACCCUACUUCUGCUAGCCUUCAUGCUCAUCAUAUGUGUUUACCUGUGUCAAAAAGGACGUGCCUCAAAACGUACCUUUGAAACCAGGGGUGGUCGGAGAUACUUUGCGCGGGGAAGCAUCGUCCGCUCCAGCGAUGACUGGCACCACAGCGCCACAAAUAGGGGGAUGACUGACAUGGAUCGGCAGAUGCAAUAUCUUGUUGAAAACAUCAGUCAAUCGCCAUAUUACCUUGAGCCAAGGAGGUCAGUUGUUGACAGUUCAUCGGCAGCCCCAGUGAGACUGCCCGUGAGUGAGUUUGUUCAACCGUAUCUUGCCUCUGGCAUGGAAGCAAGUAGGCCGAGGCUGGGCGAGUCUAGGGUGGAGAGAGCGCCAAGUAGAUCCAACCGUAGGGCUGCAAGCACUUCCACCAACCACCCACAAUCCAUCAGGCAUUACUGGGAUAAUCAAUGAGGAUACCGCAACUAAGCAAGAAUGUACCCUUUCAGAUUUGGUUAUAAGCCACGCCCAUCUUUGGUUGGAGUCUAUUCUGUAUGGUGCUAGUGACCGAGUUUGCCUUGGCUAACGUAGUCACCUGACCAAAAGUCAUUAUCUGAUUGGUUGAUUGACAGGUUGAAGGAUCCAUUCCUGAAGACUGUUGGAGCACCAUUAUUUUUUUACAGAUAUGCAAAUUAUUGUUAGAGUUGGGGGUUGUUUAUUUUUCUAAAACUACAAAAGGGGUUAUGAAAGUUCCAAUAUCCAUCCAAACAUAGUUUUAAAUUUACUCGUAGAAUCAAGACAAUCGGUGUUUACAUUCAACACUGAAAUUUUAGUCUUUGCCUUCAGAAGGUACUUUUUAAGGAAUGUUUCAAUGCUUAUUUUUUAUAGAGACAAAUGUGGACAUCUCUUAAGUUAU